AUGAGUUGCGCUAAGAAUAACGAGACGUGUUGUGACACCAAAUCCGAGGCCACCGAAGACCACAUCCGGGAAGCGGUUCGUCAGCAUUACGCCCGAGUGGUGACCAGUGCUAAGGAGGGGUCGGGUGACUGUUGCGGCGCCGGCUCUUGUUUCACGCCCAACACUACCGAUAAAUACGCUCAGAAGUUAGGCUACGACCAGAAAGACCUGGAUAAUCUGCCGGAGCGGGCCAACCUGGGCCUGGGAUGCGGUAAUCCUAUUAAAGCGGCUAAACUGGUGGCCGGAGAGACGGUUCUGGACUUGGGUUCGGGCGCCGGCUUUGACGCCUUUAUCGCGUGCCGAGCGGUGGGCCCAACGGGUCUCGUGAUUGGUGUGGAUAUGACCGAUGAGAUGGUCACCAAAGCCAUCGCAAACGCACUGAAGUCCGGCUACAAGAACGUGGACUUCCGGUUGGGACAGAUCGAGGACCUGCCCGUCGAUAAUGGAUCCGUUGACGUGAUUAUCUCCAAUUGUGUCAUAAAUCUGGUGCCAAACAAACGCAAGGCUUUCCAAGAGUCGUAUCGUGUGCUUAAGUCCGGAGGAAGGCUCGCCAUCUCGGAUGUGGUCACGAAUGUGGAGCUCCCGGAGUCGGUGCGCAAGGAUUUGGCACUUUAUGCCGGAUGUUUGGCCGGCGCUACAGUUGUCAGUGAUUUGGAGGAGUUCCUCAAAAGCGCCGUAUCAAAACUCAACACAACUGUCCCCUCACCACAACUGUACGGCUUUUUGGCUGAUAAUUUGGGAUCAGUUGGAGUGGCCAUGGAAGACGUUUUUGAACGCCUAUUGACAUCAUUCUUGAGUUCAAUCAUGGAUUUGUAUUUCAAUUAUAUGCCACAGACUGACGAUGAUGUGGAUGAGGUGUUUCCCAAAGUGAAACCAUUUAUGAUACCAUUCACUAGUAAACGGCGCAAAGACUUGUCGCAAACCACUUUCGUGUCCCAUAAGAAGUAUUGA